AUGGUCGGUUUUAAAAGAAAUCAUCAUGGAUAUAGCGAUGCAAGCGAACUUGAGUGUAACUGAACAGGCUUUGAAAACCAAGUCGGCUCUUAUUUCGUGAAAAAAUUUAAAGUUGCAGACCAUGGUGAUCGGAAGCUUCCCAGUGGGAAAAAUAUUCAUGUUUGGCGUGAAACGGGCCAGCAAACCAUUUGGUGAUCUUUUAAUGUGGGUGGGCAAGCACCAUCCAUUUAUCCGGCAAUACGUUAUCCAGCCGCCAGCCCAGCUUUAUAACAACUUUGAGGUCCGUGCAAAAAUGCGGAUCCUGCGAUUGAAGCAGCCCAAGCGGAUUCCACGUCUCUCACCUCCAAUCGCCACCAGAUUGGGCGCCGAUAUGCUGAGUGAGGCCAUCGUGUUUGGCAUUGGUCUGGGUCUCAUUUACUACGAGGUUUCUAAAACAUAUAAAAAGAAUCAACAGAAAAAUCAGCAGGUAGAGGAAGAGUUCAGAAAAAUGGAUGAAAGCGUGGAUCGCAUUAGCGCAGAUAUAGAUCGGCACCAAAAGGACAUCAAGUGGAUUAAGGCAGCUCUUAAUGACUUCGAUACAUAAUGGCAGUUUUACUUUUUGAAGAAUUUUUGUUUGUGGUAAUUUCAAAAAAAUUUUUUUAGUGUUCUUAGUUUUAUAACCAAAAUAAACUUAAACGUAUUAUUUUAA